GUAUUGAGCUGUCACCGCCGGACAAGAGGGAGGUUGUUAGUUCAUUAUGAAAGAUGAGUAUCAGAAUAUCUACCGUUCGUCCGAAAACAAGUAUCCUGGAUAAAUCCCUCAGUAGAGGUAAAGGUGAAGUUAGCAUCAGCUGCUACGCGCUAUUGUUUUUAGAGCUGGUUCAGUACUGUCAGAAUAGAGUCUACAAUGUACCAGAACUGCAGAAUAAGCUUGCAGAAAUUGGGCAAGAUGUUGGAGUGAGACUGAUAGAUUUGCUAUUUGUCCGAGAGAGAAACUGUAAACGUGAGAUAAAACUGUUGAAUAUGCUUUUAUUUAUGAAGUCAACACUGUGGAAGACUUUGUUUGGGAAGGAAGCAGACAAACUGGAGCAUGCAAAUGACGAUGAGAGAACGUACUACAUCAUAGAGAAAGAGCCACUCGUAAAUAAAUUCAUAUCUGUACCGAAAGACAAGUCAAGUUUGAAUUGUGCGACGUUUAUUGCUGGAAUUGUUGAAGCUUUCCUCAACGGGUGUGGUUUUCCAGCGAAAGUGACAGCGCAUUGGCAUAAAGGCACAACUUAUAUGGUGAAAUUCGACGAUUCCGUUAUUACUAAGGACAAGCAAAUGGAAGAGCGAUAAAUAUCAUCAG